CUCAAGCGAAUUUAGCGGCUGAAGACUUGGAGAAGAGGCAGAGCAGCUCCACCCCCUCCCUCCUCUCCCCGCCGCGCCGAUCGAUCCUCCUCCGCCUGACGUCACGCCCUCGCCUCUCCCCUUCCAGAAGCUUCCACACGCCAUUGCGCCCCCCCCCCACCCCUCCAGAAGGGUUCUCUCUUCAAGGCAUCUUUAAUCUGUAGCCUUCCUCCCAUAAGCUAGUAUAUAGCUGUCAAAUCGCCCUUGAACAAGUAUGAAUCCUUAUUUUGUUGGCCUUCUUGUGCCCAUCGCGGUCUCUCUUCUGCUCCAGAAAAAGAGAAAGGUUGAAAAGAAGAGGGGUGUGCCAGUUGAUGUUGGUGGAGAGCCUGGCUAUGCGAUCCGCAACCAUCGAUUUGAACGCCCUGUUGAAACACACUGGGAAGGGGUCAACACACUUGCUGAGCUGUUUGAGCAUGCUUGCAAAGAGUACGUCUACAUGCCCCUCCUUGGCACAAGGAAGCUCAUUUCAAGGGAAAUAGAAUCAUCACCUGAUGGGAGGUCCUUUGAGAAGCUUCAUCUGGGGGACUACGAGUGGAAAUGUUACGCCGAGGCCUUCAAGAGUGUUUGCAACUUCUCUUCAGGAUUGGUCAAUUUAGGUCGCCAGAACAAUGAGCGUGUUGCUAUUUUUGCCGAGACACAGGCCGAGUGGCAGAUUGCACUGCAGGCAUGCUUCAGACAAAACAUAACAGUUGUCACCAUCUAUGCCUCGUUGGGGGAGGAAGCACUAUGCCACUCACUAAAUGAGACCGAGGUCACUACUGUAGUAUGUGGUCGGAAGGAAUUCAAGAAGUUGAUUGAUAUAGGUUGGCAACUUGACACUGUCAAGCGUGUGAUCUACAUCAAUGAGGACGGCAUCUCGGCUGAAGUUUCUAUAGCUCAAAACAGCACUAGCUGGUCAGUUAAGUCAUUUGAGGAAGUAGGUAAAUUGGGAGCUGAAGCGCCUGUUGAUGCAAACAUGCCUCUCCCAUCUGAUGUUGCAGUGAUAAUGUACACAAGUGGUAGCACUGGAUUGCCCAAGGGAGUUAUGAUGACCCACCGCAAUGUCCUGGCUACACUUUCAGCAGUUAUGACCAUUGUGCCUGAACUUGGCAGAAAGGAUAUAUACAUGGCCUACCUCCCACUGGCCCACAUUCUUGAGUUAGCAGCUGAGACACUUAUGGCUGCUGUUGGGGCCUCCAUUGGAUAUGGAUCAGCUUUAACCCUGACUGAUACAUCAAGCAAAAUAAAGAAGGGGACCCUAGGCGAUGCUUCUGCACUGAGGCCGACACUGAUGACUGCUGUACCUGCUAUACUUGAUCGUGUCCGUGAUGGUGUGAGAAAAAAGGUGGAUGCAAAGGGUGGUGUUGCGAAGAAAUUAUUUGACAUUGGAUAUAGCCGCCGACUUGCUGCUAUCAGUGGAAGUUGGCUUGGUGCAUGGGGAGUAGAGAAACUGUUGUGGGACAGGCUUGUCUUCAUGAAGGUGCGUGCAAUACUGGGAGGAAACAUUCGCUUUGUACUCUCAGGCGGAGCACCUCUGUCUGGAGAUACUCAGAGAUUUAUCAAUAUAUGCCUUGGGGCUCCAAUAGGCCAAGGGUAUGGUCUGACUGAAACUUGUGCUGGAGGAACGUUUUCUGAGUACGAUGAUACAUCUGUUGGCCGUGUUGGUGCUCCACUACCUUGUUCAUAUAUCAAGUUGAUUGACUGGGCUGAAGGGGGAUACUUAACAACGGAUUCACCGAUGCCUCGGGGGGAGAUAGUCAUCGGAGGUCCCAAUGUAACUAAAGGCUAUUUUAAGAAUGAAGCUAAAACAAAUGAAGUCUAUAAGGAUGAUGAAAAAGGUCUACGAUGGUUCUAUUCUGGUGACAUAGGGCGUUUCCAUCCAGAUGGUUGCCUUGAAAUCAUUGACCGCAAGAAAGAUAUCGUGAAGCUUCAACAUGGUGAAUACGUAUCUCUCGGGAAGGUGGAAGCUGCAUUGGCCAUGAACCCAUAUGUUGAGAACAUCAUGAUCCAUGCCGAUCCUUUUCACAGUUACUGUGUUGCACUUGUGGUAGCAGCACAGAACGAGCUGGAAAAGUGGGCAUUGCAGCAAGGACUUGCAUACACCGAUUUCGCUGAUUUGUGCCAGAAGCAAGAGGCUGUUGUAGAAGUGCUUGGAUCUUUAACAAAGGCUGCAAAGCAAGCACGACUGGAGAAGUUCGAGACACCAGCUAAAGUCAAGCUGAUGCCAGAUCCAUGGACCCCCGAGUCGGGCCUCGUCACAGCUGCGCUCAAACUCAAGAGGGAGGUGAUCAGGAAGACGUAUGAAGAUGAUCUGGCUCAGUUGUACGCCUGAUGGUUCUCUUACUCUGACUGAUACCCUGAGAUGACAUAGGACAGUGCUCUUAUGUCGGCACAUACUAUAUUUGAUAUAUUUUGAUGUUGGGAUAGAUUGAAUCAUCGAGGGAGUCCUGGAAUUUUGGAGCGUGUCCUGUCUUGCGCGAUUAGAACCAAUUUUGUGUUUGAUGUAGCGUAGUUGUACACUUCCUACAAUGUUUCUAUCAUAAUCACACCGUAUUUUGAUUGCAA